GAUCUAUUCAACAAAAACAAGAUGCGCUGUUGGGAAAGUUCUGGUCUCGUGUUCGUUCACGAUGGAGAUGCUUUACAAGACGUGCGAUGAAUGUCAGUUGCGAAAAGUCCGCUGCAUCAGUUCACAAAGCUCCGGAUCCAAGGGCUGUGACAACUGUGCCGUGAGUCUAUCUAAGCGACAUGAGUCAAGUACACUUGAGUGAUUGACUGGAUUCAAUCAUUGUAGAAGCGAGGUUCUCUGUGCCACUUCAGUCGUAGAAGGAGGCAAAGGCGAGCAAGGCUUCCUCUGGGGAAAGAUGUCCCAGGUAGAGUGUAACCAGCUUUUGUGGCUACCGAGAACAGCGUUGAACGUAUGCUAGAAAAAACAGACAAUGUCAAACCGCUCUCUACUGUCCAUGCUGUAGACGCUACAGCUCAAUCAAUCAAAUAUACGACGUUCUCCAAGAAUAUCAUCAAGCCGGAGACCCCACAAAUACUGACUGACCACCAGCAUCAGUCUGUAGAAUGUCCAACUACUUAUGUAGAUAUGGUUCUGCGUGGUUAUCGCUCCAGUAGUCGUGGGUCUACCGAGGCUUCGCUAGUGAAGGUAUGAUAGAGAUAAGCCCUAUCCAAGUUCAUGGUUUUAAUAGUCCCAUGUCUAGUCUCAUAACAUCUAUGUUGGAAGCUCAGGAUUGGCCUUUUUUUCUGAGAGCAGAAUCGACUCCAUAACCGCUCGUUUAGGACAUAAUAGGUUCCAGCAAGCUAUGGAAAACAUAUCAAAUUGCGUUAAAUCAUUCAUUGAGCCAAUACAUCCACCCGGCAGUUUGGACGGAGAGAGCAAGGAGACUACUGAUUUCGUGAAACUGUCUCCCGAGCUAGCAAAUUCUUAUAUUGAAGCCUUCUUUAAAUCUGCACAUCCUUCGUACCCAUUUCUUGAUCGAAGACAAUUCGAAACGAACAUUUUCGAACAUGGAGCAGAGAGCAUAUUCGAUACUAGCCCAUCGCUUUUCGCUUUAUACUAUGCUGUAUUGGCUAUUGGGUGUCAGUAUGAGGGAGGUGACAGUUUCAAGCUUGAAAACUGCCUAGCACAGAAACUAUUCCGGGUUUCCCUCACUUGUUUGCCACGAAUUGUAAUGCGAACGGAAGGACUUCUCAGCCUUCAAGCACUGGUCGCGAUGGCCGUUUUUGCCCAAAGUGUGUCCUGUAUUCGGUACGGAAACAUGCUUAUCACCGAGGCUGCGAGGAUGGCGGUAUAUCUUCGAUACAAUCGGCCAGUGCGAAAUGGCGAAGAUGCAGCACAAUGCGCAAGAGCAUUCUGGUUGGUGUACAUCUUGGAGAAAUUGUCAUCAUUCGUAUGCUAUCGCGCCUCAAUUCUGGACGACGAAGAUAUUGGUAUCGCCUUUCCCGGCAGCCUGGACCCAUUGUGUGGAGGCUUCGAUUAUUUUCUGGCGAUGGCGCGAUUUGCUCGCCUUUUGUCGAUAACAUACGGGUCGCUUUUUACAAUCAGUGCGACGACGCUCAGUCAUGAGACUAUACAUGGCGCCAUUGACAAGUUGAUCGAGGAAGUCGAAGGAUGGAAGAGCACCCUCCCAAGAUUGUUUAAUCCAGACUAUCCUUUCAGACCGAUGGAUUUCAAUAACAGCUUAUGCUUGAACGCCUCUUUGCGACUGCGCUAUCGUUAUUAUAGCAUCGUCAUGGCCUUGAGCAGACUUGGCUCGCUGACUUAUACUUCUAAGCAGCAGAGACUAGCGAAAUACCGCAGUCUCGCCUGUGAUUCUGCUCGUAACGUCAUCGAACUUACGACACACAUCGAUAUUCACCCUACAAUGCCAAAUUGGUACCUGGUCGUGAUGCCAAUUUCGGCUUGUUUUGUUCUCUUCGACUUCGUUAUCAACAAUCCAGCUCAUGCCGAAACGGGCAAAUUCCUUUCUUUAUUGGGAAUUGUGGCAGGCUACUUUAAUCGGUUGGAAUUCUGCACAGACGGAGUUGUUAGAAGUACCGCUGCUGCCGAAAUAGCUGAGAUGGCUCGUCAAUUCAUCGCCGGUAAAGAGAACAGGGCAGAGCCAUCCAUGAUGCAAGCAUCAGAUGGUUUGCAAGAAAGAACAAAGUCCGGAGUAAGCAAGGAUCAGGACGAAUUCUGGGAUGCGGUUGAUAAUCCCAUGUCUGAAUUGGAUUUGUCUUCGUCGAGCUACAUCGACUUCUUUCAAGGAUCUGAUCUGAACUCGUUCUGGGAAAUUUUGUGGUGAAUCUGGACAAAAUGAGAUGUGCAAUUAUUAUUUGAUCACGGAAAGCCUGUCUGUGUCAAAGGGCUUGUAUUUUCGCAUCGUCUAUCGCAACUUAUAAAUAUUAGCAGGCGGUACACAGAAGUAGGGAUCGUUUUGAGCAAGUUAUAUUGGACGGUGCCCAAAGACCGGGAAUAAGAUGAAUGCACGUACGCAACAUGAGCCGCGCCUUGGAUGAUCGACAAACACAUGAUUACGAUUGAGAGGAGAGGAUCAAAUCGAUGUUUGACAAUACCCAUGUAAGAAUGGGCACCGACUGUGGUUAGCAUACAUAAAAGUGUCAAAGACGCUGAAAUUUGCCUGUGGAUAUUUUAACUGUCGCAGCUCUGCACAAUCUGUGCUCAUUCUCCGAAACACCGGUAUGGCUGUCUGUCUCUGCUGAAAGUGGUAAUUAUCGCUAGUGUUACCGCACUUUGGCCAUCACGAGAAGAAUCCGGGCAAAACGUCGUUCUAUGACGUGAGAUUGGAUCACCCUCCUUACCUUGUACGCUCUCUACUUUAUCUAGGAACACAAGAGUUAUCUCUUCCUUUCUUGCAUGUAGUAUGAAUCCAACAGCUCUCACAUCCCC